ACUUGAUACCGUGACUAUUUCCUGUAAGUGAACUCUGUGCUGAUACAGGGUUUGAUUUAACACACCGAUGUUGGAGUGAAGUAAACGUGUGUCCUGCUGUAAUCUGGAGAAGGAGACAUGACCUCCAACAUGAGUGUUCCUGGAAAACUGGACAUAAAAAAAUAUGAGAGAAUGAUGGAGGGAAAGAGAUCAGACUCACCAGAACCCAGCUGUGUGUCCAUGAAGAGUGACUGGUCAGUGGAUCCUCCAAUUACCUUCAGAGACAGAGACAGUUCUACUGAUGUGAGAUCACUAAAGAAGAAAUCAGACAUCAGCAGAAAUCACUUGGAGUCCAUAUUCAAGGAGCUGGAACACAAAGUCAUCACUCUGAUAAAGAAUGAGCUGAAGAGGUUUAGGAAGAUCCUGAGUCCAGAUUACCCAGCAUGCACUGAGAGGGAGGUGGAGGAUGAGGAGGAUCUAUACAGUGUCAGAGAGGGAGCGCUGAAGAUCACACUGCACGUCCUGAAGAAAAUGAACCACACAGAUCUCGCUAACGCACUGCACAACAAACUUGCCUCUGUGUAUCAGUCAAAGUUGAAAUCCAACCUGAGAGAGAAGUUUAAAAGAAUUAAUGAAGGAAUCUCACAGCAUGGAAGCUCAGCAUUUCUGAAUGAGAUCUACACAGAGCUCUACAUCACAGAGGGUUGGAGUGGAGAUGUCAAUAAUGAACAUGAGGUGAGACAGAUUGAGACGGUGUCCAGGAGACCAGCAACACGGGAGACACCCAUCAAAUGUAAUGACCUCUUUAAAGACAAGUCCAUCAGAACUGUGCUGACUAAAGGAGUUGCUGGAAUUGGAAAAACAGUCUCUGUGCAGAAGUUCAUUCUGGACUGGGCUGAAGGAAAAGCAAAUCAGGACGUCUUCUUCAUGUUUCCACUUCCCUUUAGAGAGCUGAAUUUGAUAAAGCAGAAAAAUCUCAAUCUGAUGAAUCUUCUUCAUCACUUUUUCCCAGAAAUGAGAAAACUACAAUUAAUAGGCUCCUACAAAGUGGUGUUGAUCUUUGAUGGUCUGGAUGAGUGUCGACUUCCUCUAAAUUUCCAGAACAAUGAGAGAUUGUGUGAUGUGACGGAGUCAGCCUCAGUGGAUGUGCUGCUGACAAACCUCAUCAAGGGGAAUCUGCUUCCCUCUGCUCACCUCUGGAUAACCUCUCGACCAGGAGCAGCCAAUCAGAUCCCUCCUGAGUGUGUAGACCAGGUAACAGAGAUACGAGGGUUCCGUGAUCGUCAGAAAGAGGAUUACUUCAGGAAGAGGAUCAGUGAUCAGAGCCUGGCCAAUAAAAUCAUCACACACAUGAAGUGUUCCAGAAGCCUCUACAUCAUGUGCCACAUCCCAGUCUUCUGUUGUAUUUCAGCCACUGUUCUAGAGAGAAUGUUGGGUGAAGCAGAGAGUGGAGAGAUCCCCAAGACUCUGACUCAAAUGUUCACACACUUCCUGAUCUUCCAGAUCAAACACAAGGACCAAAAGUACCAUCAGAAAUGUGGCCCUGAUCCUCAGCAGACCAGACAGAGUAUCCUGGCACUGGGAAAACUGGCUUUCCAACAGCUGGAGAAAGGAAACCUGAUCUUCUAUGAGGAAGACCUGAGAGAGUGUGGCAUUGAUGUCAGAGAAGUGUCCGUGUACUCAGGAGUGUGUGCCCAAAUCUUGAGAGCAGAGUUUGGGCUUCACCUGGCGAAGGUGUUCAGCUUUGUACAUCUGAGUGUUCAGGAAUUUCUGGCUGCUUUAUAUGCAUUUCUCUGCUUCAUCAGCAGAAAUGUAACAAAACAACAAACCACUGAUCUGUCUGAUCUUUUCAGAAAGUCAAACAUGUCCAAUUUCCUCAGGAGUGCAGUUGACAAGGCCUUACAGAGUAAGAAUGGACACUUGGACCUAUUCCUUCGCUUCCUUCUGGGUCUCUCACUGGAAUCCAAUCAGACUCUCUUACGAGCCUUAAUGCCACAGACAGGAAGCAGCUCUUACAGCAAACAAGAAACAGUCGAGUACAUCAAGGAGAAGAUCAGGGAGAAUCCAUCUCCAGAGAAAUCCAUCAAUCUGUUCCACUGUCUGAAUGAACUGAAUGAUCAUUCUCUAGUGCAGGAAGUUCAAACUUACUUGAACAGAGGAGGUUACAGUCGUCUCAGUGGAAGCAGACUCUCUCCUGCUCAGUGGUCAGCUCUGGUGUUUGUGUUACUGAACUCACAACAGGAGCUGGAUGAGUUUAAUUUGAGGAAAUAUGACCGAUCAGAGGAAUGUCUUCUGAGGCUGCUGCCAGUGGUCAAAGCCACCAGAAAAGCUGUGCUGUGUGAGUGUAAUUUGACAGAGGAAAGCUGUAGAGUUCUGUCCUCAGUUCUCAGCUCAAACUCCUCCAGUCUGAGAGAACUGGACCUGAGUAUCAAUAAACUGCAGGAUUCAGGAGUGAAGCUGCUCUCUGCUGGACUGGAGAAUCCACACUGUACACUGGAGAUACUGAGGUAUACACACACACACACAAUAAAUAUGAUGUACUAGCUCUAGGAGCAUCACUAAAUAUUAUAUACAGAAAUUAUAUUGUGUGUGUGUAAGAGAGCGAUAUACAAAUACAUAUUCAUUUACAUUACAUUUAUGACAUUUGGCAGACGCCCUUAUCCAGAGCGACUUACAAAAGUGCUUUGAAGUCUAUCAAAAUAUACAUUCUGAUACAGUCUUGCUAGGUCACAAACUGGGAAUACCAUCAUUCUAAAAACUCUGUUGGGGAGAUACUAGACAAUACAAUUUUUUAAAGUGCUAAUUUAAGUACUUUAGGAAGAGGUAGGUCUUUAGUCAUUGUUUGAAGACUGCCAGUGACUCAGCUGUUCAGACAUCUAGGGGAAGUUCAUUCCACCACCUAGAUGCCAGAACAGAGAAGAGUCUCGAUGUACCCUUCCUUGUACCCUGAGAGAUGGUGGGACCAGUCGAGCAGUGCUAGAGGAUUGGUGGGAGCGUGGUGCCGUGUGGGAUGUGAUAAGUGCUUUGAGAUAAGUGGAUGCUGGUCUGUUCUUGGCUUUGUAGGCAAGCAUCAGUGUUUUAAAUCUGAUGCAGGCAGCUACAGGACGCCAGUUGAGGGAGCCUAGCAAUAGGGUGGUGUGGGAGAACUUAGGAAGGUUGAAAACCAGUCGUGCAGCUGCAUUCUAGAUCAGUUGCAGAGGACAAAUGGCGCUCAGAGGCAGACCUGCCGGGAGUGAGGUGCAGUAGUCCAGUCUUGAAAUGACAAGGGACUGAACAAGCACCUGUGUGGCCUGUGUG